AUGAACAAGCACAACAGAGAGGAGGUUCUGCAGAAAGCCGAAAAGGAUUUAGUCGCAGUGGCAGAUCAGUUCAUGGUCUGGCUGAUUAAGGAGCUGCAAGGGACUGAUUUUUGGAUGCUACGACAAGCAUACUCGCCUGGGAUACAAGAGCGUGUUGAAGCUGCAACCUUCUCUUGCAAAUUUAACUGGAGAGAUGAUGCUGGAGGCAAUUGUGCUGGUGAAGUUGAUGUUGCUGAGAAGACAUGCAAGUUUGUGCUUGAAAUUUACAGGGAACUGACUCCGGUUUGUCCCCUUUAUGGAUGA